AUGUUGAUUCAAAAUUUAAUGAAGCUGUUGCUUCCUCUUACUGUCCUAACAGGUCAAGUUCUUGCCGUCGACCCAACUCCAGCUGACAAGGCAAAAUGGGAUGCAGUAUGCAAGCAAAAGGUCGGAUCUCAAUUUUCCAUGCAGUUUGAUGCGACUGGCAAACCGACUGGGCAAUGUGUUGCGCCUCCAGUUACAAGCUGUUAUUGGGGUCCAUAUACCGAUCCGAAAACAAACAAACCUGGAUGCUGCGGUAAAGAUAAGGGAACUUUUAGUGUUGAUCCCGUGGUCAAGACUGAAGGAGCAUGUUGCGUUGCUCCAAGUGUCUUUUCUUUCGACGGCACAACGAAGAAAGGCGAUUGUUGCGCUCCAGGUAAAUUCUAUCAUGCCGAUCCAAAGACCUUGACUGGGAGCUGCUGUGCAAAUGACGACGACGUGUUUACUUGUGAUUGUUCUUGCAAACCAAACCCAACACCUUCCUGCCCCAAGGGCGACGGAAAAGAAUUCACAGCUGGAGGCAAGAAAUACAAACUCUAUUGUAAAUUGAUUAAUCACGGAACAAAUGACUUGGGCCAAGCACCCGCACCUUCAUUGGGCGAUUGCAUGACUCGCUGUUCUGGAAUCAGUAAUUGCGUCCGUGCAAUUUGGAAUCAAGAUACCGGAAUCUGCUACUUACGAACUCACGGCAACAACGCUGUACCCGUAACAGUUGAUCCCUAUGAUAGUGCUCAUCUUAUCGAGGAGCCUGUUUGUCCUUGCCCGUGCCCAAGUACAACUCCAUGCCCAUCGUGCCCAACACCAGCCCCCUUCCCAGAUAAAUGCCCGGCUGCUGAAGGCAAGACUACUACGGUGGGUGGAGUUGAAUACAAGGUUUAUUGUACGCUGGGCCACACAGCGGCAAAUCCAAACUUGGGAGUUUCGAGCGCAAAGGACUUCAAGGAGUGUAUGGAACAGUGCUCUGCCAAAGCCUCACCUUUCUGUCAAGGCGUCAACUUCUAUGACGAUGGUAAUCCCACUGACAACUGUGUUUGGGCUUCCAUACACCAGAGUCCUCCAACAGGAGCAGCGCCUGCCGGAGGUGACUUCUUAUGUGCUGUCCCUGUUAUAAAGAGGAAUUAG